AUGGAUACCAGUUAUAAUGAAAUUCUGCAGAUCCGUGACGACCUUAACAGCUUGACUGGAUUGGUGAAAGCAUUAAGUAAUGAGACCGAUGAGAGGGAUAAGUCGCUCGAUGCACUUACCUUGAAUGACAAUCUUCUUGGAAAUUCAUUCUUACAAGAGACGGAAGUACAAAGGAAAAAGAAAAGAUAUCUCAAGAAACUCACAGAAGUGAAGAUUCAGUACAAACACAUUCAUGAUCAGAUGGACACAGAGUCCGUUAUAAGCGACCGGAAGCCGUUAGAUCUUUCGCGUUUUAAUUUCAACUCUCAGGACCCUCAUAAAGAAUUCCCUGAAAGCCACAUCCUUGCCACCUAUGAAAGUCGAAGUGUCUGGAUCGAAUGGAGCAGCUACUCUUCCAACCAGCCGAACACCGAUAAGGUUAAUUCUAUGCCAGAGGAUCGAAUUCGUCUCUUGGUAGACCUCCUCUGCGACGAGAUGCCGGCGGCCUUUCGGUCGCCAUAUUGUCUUGGAUAUGUUACCUCGAAUAGACAAGAUGAUACGACCUGGUUCGGUAUUGUUUUCGAGAAACCAUCAGAUGAUGUCUCAACGCAGGUCGUGACACUUCAAAAGCUCUUCCAGUMCCUGCCGGUACCAUCACUCUCUGCGCGGCUAUCUCUGUGCGCUGCUGUGGCGGAAUGUAUCUAUACCUUCCAUACCGUUAACUGGCUCCACAAGGGGCUACGCAGUGAAAAAAUUGUCUUCUCUUCGCAACAAUCAUCUGAGCCUGACCUCGAAGUGCCUUACGUGUUGGGAUACGAGCUGUCUCGACCUAAUAUCCUAGAUGAGUUGACUGAGAAGCCGAGAUUCAAUGCCCGCGAGGAUAUCUAUCGACACCCUUUCGCACAGUCCAGCCAUUCCACCGGCAAUUACCACAAAUCUUACGAUAUAUACAGUCUCGGCAUUUUGCUGAUAGAAAUAGCUAGUUGGAAGCCCAUUCAUGAGUUUCUUGGUUUAACUGAUUUAGCUUCUGCCAAGCCUUCAGUUCUGCUAAAUGUUCAACGGCAGCUGCUCGAAGACGGUAAUUCUUUACAUCGUAUGUCUAGCACACUUGGUAAUGCAUAUAUGGAAAUUGUUGAGCUGUGUUUGCGCGCCGAUGAGGUGGAGAGACCGACCUAUGAUGGAGAGUCAAGAACCUCAAUAACAAUUCGGUUACAGAGGACUCUAGAGCAGGACAUCGUGCGGAAAUUGGGGGAUAUGGCAAGGGUGAUGAGAUAA